AUGGCUGUCGGCAGCAAAGAAGAGCCCAUGAAUCCCGUCCACCUGUAUGCCCAUGGCAGCACCAUGAUGCUGGGCGAGGAGCACGACUCGGGCAACUACUGGAAGAAGUGCGGCGAAGAGGCGCUCGCGAACGGGGUCGAGCACGUUGUCGUCAUGCUAACCCAUAACCAGGGCGCACACUGGGCUACAUCCACACCCAACACCAUCCUCAUCUCUGCCAACCCCAACCCUGGCAAAUCCCCCGUCGCCUACGUCCACCCGUCCAAGUACAUCGACUACAAGCUCAACCCCGACGUCGACUACGUCCCGACUAUCCAGGCGCAUCUCGCGGCCGCGGGGAUCGACUCGCAGCCCGCGCCAACCUUCGACUGGAUCCACGACACGUACCUCAUCCUCAUCCGCAUGUUCCCCAACGGCUGCCCGCCCACGACGCUCCUCAGCAUGAAUCACACGUACGACCCGCACUUCCACGUCGCCGUCGGCGCCGCCCUCCGGCCGCUGCGGGGCCGGUCCCGCCGCACCCUCUUCAUCGGCUCCGGCGGCUCCGUCCACAACCUCUACCGCAACGUCUGGGGCCCCAUGAUCCGCUACCGCGACAGCCUCGCCCAGCCCACGCCGCCCGAGGCUUGGGCCCUCGACUUCCGCCAGGAGGUCAUCGACCUGGUGUGCUGUGCGUAUGAGGACGACGUGCCGGCCGACCGCGCCGUCUACGGCAAGGUGAUCCGGGGCAAGAAGCCCUGCGGCGGUCCUCUGCUGCGCCGCAAGGCCACGAGCUUGAUGAAGCACCCUCGUUAUCGCGAUGCCCACGCCACCGAUGACCACUUCAUGGCCACCAUGUUUGUGGCUGGUCUGUGUGGUGGCCGUGGCGACGAGGGCAUGAAGGGCGAGAUGGGCGCCGAGGACUGGGAGUUGACCAACAUGUGCAAUUCGCAGUUCACCAUCGGUAGCUGGGUCGAGGCCAAGUAG